UCAAGAUCAAGAUGAGUCCUCAAUUUCUCAGAAUAAUUCUUCUAUAUUCCUGCUGAAAGCGUCUGACUGUGUCGUCUCAAACCUGGCAGAAGAUUCUGCAGAAACUAAAACCAAUACAAGCAAUUCACAAUCAUCAACCAAAUUGAGUGUUUACAAAGCAAGAGAAGCUCAAGUACUACCCAAGGAUACAAAAGUUUCCUAUGAUUAUAUAGUAGCCCAAGAUUUUAUACAAGAAGUGUCUUCGGAGUUAAUAGAUGAAGAUGAUAUCCAAGUUAUUGAUGGAAAUCAGGAGCUUACAACUGACAUGACAAUAGAAGUUGAGCUUGCUCAUUUAUUUCUAAAUGUAAGUAUUGAAAGGAAGAACACUACGCAAGUUAAACAAAAAGAAAUUUCAUAUCGUUACUUAUAUGGGAAAAGGUUCGAAGAAAGUGUUCAAGAAAUUAUUGCCAGAGAUAACGUUUCAGAUCAGACGGCAAGAAAACAAUUAUUUCAAGAUAUAAUAAAAUAUCUUUCUAGAAUAAUACUGAAAACCUUAC